AAGAAACCAGAUUUUCCCGGACCCUCCGAAAAGAUGGCGGACGACAGUAGCGAUGAAGAACAGACCGUGGCCAAAGACAUCGUCGUCACCAAGUACAAGAUGGCUGGCGACAUGGCCAACAGUAUUCUAAGGAAACUGGUGAGCCAGUGCGUGACGGGUGCCUCUGUCAGAGAGCUCUGCGAAGCAGGAGACACGCUGAUACUGGAAGAAACUGGCAAGGUCUUCAAGAAGGACAAGGAGAUGAAGAAAGGUAUUGCCUUUCCCACCUGCAUCUCUACCAACAACUGCAUCUGCCACUUCUCACCGCUGAGGAGCGAUCCUGACUACACACUGAAGGACGGGGAUGUCGUCAAAAUAGACCUCGGUGUGCACAUAGAUGGGUUCAUCGCCGGAGUGGCGCACACUCUGGUGGUCGGUGCAUCCAAGGACAAGCCUGUGACAGGACGCAAGGCUGAUGUGAUCCAGGCUGCAUAUCUAGCUGCAGAAGCUGCACUCAGGAUGGUCAAGCCUGGAAACGAGAAUUAUGACAUCACUGAAGUUAUACAGAAGAUUGCUGAGUCGUACGAAUGCCAACCAAUUGAAGGCAUGUUGUCUCACCAGCUGAAACAGAACGUGAUCGACGGAGAAAAGUCUGUCAUUCAGAACCCCAAUGAGAACCAGAGGAAGGAACACGACAAGUGUGAGUUUGAGGUGCAUGAAGUGUACGCUGUCGACAUUCUGGUCUCGUCCGGGGAAGGAAAGGGCCGUGAACAGGAGACGAGAACGACAGUGUUCAAGAGACAGAUGGACAGGGUGUACCAACUAAGGAUGAAGGCGUCCAGAGCAUUCUUCAGUGAUGUAGCCAACCGAUUUGCCACCAUGCCUUUUACGCUCAGGUUGUUGGAUGAUGAGAAGAAGGCGAGAAUGGGCGUGGUGGAGUGUGUCAAUCACGAGCUGCUUACUCCAUUCCCUGUGCUGUAUGAGAGAGAGGGAGAAUUUGUUGCCCAGUUCAAGUUCACGGUUCUCCUGAUGCCAAACGGGAACAUCCGGAUAACGGAGGGGCCGUUUGACCCCGACACCAUCAAGUCAGAACACGAGGUCACGGAUGAGAAGAUCAAGGCCGUUCUCAGUUCCUCUGCCAACAGGAAGGCUGCGAAGAAGAAGAAAAAGAAGGCAUCGAAGCAGGCUGAAGGGCAAGUUCAGGAAGCCACCACACAGCCGUGAUACCCAAACUUUAAACUUCCUCACUUCCUAACUUCUACCCACAACAAAUUAAUACAAAACAGUAAAAAAAUACUCCGUGGGUCUUUAUAUAGUUACCAUCAGAAGUGGACAAAUUUUGCUACCAUUGCAACAAACAUGUCUUUUUCCCUCGUAUUUUCUAAACGAAAAUGAAGAAAACUUAAGUUACUGAAAACCUGCUGGCAUGUCGUCACUUAACUGAUGACAUACAGUCUUAAAUUCCACCUCCCCUUUUGAGUUUUUUUGUAGUACUGUAAUUGUUGCCCCUCUUAAAUGUGUACAAAAAUCUAACUUCCACUGCUAUUUAAGACCGAGAUAUCAGAGCUGUGAAAUUUUGCACUCUAUAUUAAAUAGAUAAUACUUAAACUUCUCCUAUUGGAGAUUUAAUAAAAGACAAACAAUAAUACUCAACUUUCUCAAAUGAACACACAAUUUGAAGCUAUACUACACACACCUUUAACUUGUCCAGAAAUGGUAAUAUUAUAAUCAAUUUGUAUGAAUACUGUUUUUUUCUGUAGUAAUUUUUAUUAGUUACUUUUGAUUAUUUUCUUCAAUACUAUUUCUCUAUAAGAAUUAAGUGUGUUGAAAGAAAGAUGAUUAACAUUGAUUGGAAAAUUUAAACACAUAGUUGUAACUUGGAAUAUAGGAUAUUAUAUUACAUUUGCUUUUAAAUUGUGUUCUUUUUGAAAGAACUAGCUAUAGAUGGAAAUGCAUCGUAUUGAUUGCAUUUUGUUUUUUUUCCUUGUGUAAAACAAAUUAUUUCUUUCUUAGUCAAUCACCUGGAAUCCUUUGUUGUGUUUAAUAUAAAUGAACUGUUAGAAUUAUAAUGUGUCAAGAUGCAGGUAUCAUUGAACAGCAAAUUUCUACUCUUUUGUUUUGCCAAAUGCACAGCCACCAUGCAUCAGCUCCUAAUUAACUGUUAACAGACAUGGUUCGUGGUAAUAUUUUCUGUCAAUCAUGUUAUGCAGACAUGAUUCUCUACAACCAAUCAGAUCGUGUUAUUCCUGGUGUAAUAGCCAAUGGCAUCACACCAUCUAGCGUGUCCAGUUGGAAGGAUGUAAGCCAAUCAGAUCGUAUGUGUAUCGGUGCGUGUGAUUGGUCGAAUUAAGACGUGGAGUGGUGAUGUAGGUUUUUGUAACCAAUGGCCAUGUUUGUUGCAAUGGCUGUCUUGUUCGCAGUCCUCAAGGAUACAAGAAGCUAUGGAAACUUAAUAAAAAUAUUUCCAUUCUAGUGCCCAUUGUA